GAAAAUAAGUCUUCUUGGCCACUGAUACCAACAGUUGGUCGGCAAGGUGUUGCGUCAAGCCGAUGUGUAUUAAAAGUUUUUCAGUAUGAUCUCCUUCGGUAAAAACUGAGUUCGAACAAAGUCCGUAAUGAUCUCGGGGUGUUUUUUUACCACGGUACUGCCUUUAGUAGUCGUAGGUGUGUUAAAUUAUGGAAAUUGUGCAAGAAUCCUGGGGGUAUUUCCAACCCCUUCAUUCAGUCAUCAGGCUGUAUUCCGCGGACUGACUUUGGAACUGAACAAGCGAGGACACGAGCUGAUCAUUGUCACUACAGACCCGGUUAAUGAUCCAAGCCUGAAAAACUAUACUGAGAUUGAUAUCGGUUUCAUGUAUGAAAUGCAUGAGCGGCUUGGUAGGAAUAUGAUAGAAUAUCGUAGAUCACCACCUUCGUGGACAUACAUGCGCACUUUGUCAUCAUACAUGAGCCACGGGACUGAAAAAAUUCUUACUCACCCAGAACUGAGGCGGUUGUAUGAACGAGAUAGUGGAGAAAAGUUUGACCUAGUUAUAAUGGAGCAGCUUUUUUCGUUCUCUCUGUUGCCUUUAGCUGAUCGAUUUGACGCCCCGAUGAUCGGUAUAUCAUCCUUGGUAUUAUCUACAAACACUCAAUACGGGAUAGGCAAUACCGUUAUACCAUCGCAUCCAGCGAAUUGGGAACUCCAAGAAAACAUUAACAAUCCAUUAACAUUUUGGCAGAGGUUGAAGAACUUUUUUAAGAUCUGGUCAAUGAUAUACAUCUUUAGGACUCACUUCAUGCCUCAACAAGAAGAAAUGGCGAGGAAAUACUUUGGAGAUGACAUUCCGAGCCUGUAUGAGAUUGAGAAGAACAUCAGUUUAAUUUUCGUUAAUCAAGCAGGACCGAUUUCCUACGCCAGGCCAAAUCUUCCGAAAAUAAUCAAUAUUAAUGGUUUUCAUAUUUCAAAGCACAAAAACGCAUUGCCGCAGGAUCUCCAGAACGUCUUGGACAAAGCUACACAGGGAUUCGUAUACAUGAGUCUGGGAACGAAUGUCAAAAGCACUACCUUAUCUGCGGAAACUCGAAAUGAAUUUGUAGCUGCCUUUUCAAAGCUACCCUUCAAAGUCAUCUGGAAGUUUGAAGAUGACGUUUUUCCAGACAAACCGGAUAACGUAAUGAUUUUGAAGUGGGCUCCUCAGCAGGCUAUUUUAGCUCACCCGAAUCUCAAAGUUUUCAUCUAUCAAGGAGGACUUCAAAGCACAGAAGAAGCGAUUGAACAUGCUGUUCCGCUGGUCGGAUUUCCAGUUAUAGGUGAUCAAGACGCGAUUGUCAAUAAAAUGGUGUCUCUUGGCGUUGCCGAAAAACUUGAGAUAACUGCUGUCGACAGGGAUGACCUGAAAAAAGCGAUACUCAGCGUUGCACUCAAUGACGAGUACAAGAAAAAGAUGCUUGACUUGCGGUCGUUACUCAAAGAUAAGCCAAGAGACUCACUUGAGAACGCGGUUUGGUGGACGGAGCACGUGAUACGUCACAGAGGUGCUCCACACCUACAAUCGACAACAGCAGAUGAACCAUGGUACCAGCGUCAGGACAUGGAUAUAGUUGCAUUUCUUUCAGCUGCAUUAACAAUAACUUUCGUUAUAAUAUUAUCAAUUUCCUACAAGUCUUUGAUGUUCACUAUCAACGCCUUGACGUAUUCGCCACUUGAUAAGGCGAAGCGAAAUGAUACCCAGAUAAUUGCGGAGCUAAUGUAUUAUGACCAGAUCGCUUAUAGUUCUGCUAAAUCAUUUACAGCUUUUCGCAACGUUAUUUAUCAUGCUUUAAAUGGAUCUUACUCACGUCCAGGUACAUGCACGAAACAGAAACUGACACCGUCGAUGAUUAAAAAUGACAUGUUACAUAUCUGCACUGACUUAACUACUUGGAACUUUCCUACAUUGUCGGAGAAAUUGACAAAUCGUUUUACGAGUGGAAUUAACAAAAUUAUCAGUUUGUCCAUGGAGUUUAUCUAUGGCUUAUUAAAAUAUGUUUUACGUGUAAGACCAGCUGAUAUUGUUGCCGCCAUAAUAUGCAUUUUAAACUGUGUGAUACAGCUCACAGAUUGCUACAGAAUAUUAUGCAUCUGCCCGCGAGCUUCAAUCAGUCAUCAAGUCGUGUUUCGCAGUUUCACCUUAGCCUUGAAUAAACGGGGGCAUGAAAUCACCUUUGUAACCUCGGACCCCAUGAAUGAUCCAACUUUAACAAACUACACGGAAAUUGACAUCAGUUUUCUUUACGGAUCGAAUUCCGUUACGGUUCUUGAUGUGAAGGAUUGGUUUGGCUCGUUUGAUAAAUUGGGUGCCAUGACGAAUUUUCAAACUGCUCAAAUUCUGCAGCAUCCGGAGUUGAGGAAGAUAUAUUCAGCGGGUAGUAACGAAACGUUUGACAUGGUGCUGCUCGAGAUGUUAUACUGGCCUGCUUUCUUCGCACUGGGAAAACGAUUCGAUGCACCGAUUAUAGGAUUGUCACCCUUGGGACUCACGAUGAACGUUCAGUACGCGCUGGGCAAUCCCAUUAUGACGUCGCAUCCAUCGAAUUGGGAACUUUACUCGAAAUCUUCACCGCUGACGUUUUGGCAAAGGUUGGAAAAUUUCGUGAGCUUCUGGAGGUUUCUCCGUUAUUACAAAAGCCAUCACGUUAUGGAGCAAGCAGCAAUCGCACGAAAAUACUUCGGAGAAGAUAUUCCCGAUCUCGACGAAUUGGAGAAAAAUGUCAGUCUCGUUUUCGCCAAUCAACAGACACCUAUUUCCUUCUCGAGGCCGGACGUUCGAAAAAUUGUUGACAUCGCCGGCUUUCACGUUUCUCGAGAGACCCAACCUUUACCUGAGGGCCUCAAAAACAUCUUGGACGGGGCUACGCAAGGGUUUGUUUACAUGAGUCUUGGUUCGAACAUGAAAAGUAGCAUGCUGCCGAUUGCGACGCGGAAUGAGUUAAUGGCAGCAUUCUCAAAGUUGCCGUACAAAGUGUUGUGGAAAUUUGAGAACGACGCUCUUCCGGACAAGCCGGAAAACGUUCACAUCAUGAAAUGGAUCCCACAACAAGCUGUUUUGGCGCAUCCGAAUCUGAAGGUCUUCGUCUACCAAGGAGGUCUCCAAAGCACUGAGGAGACCGUGUCUCAUGGAGUUCCCAUUGUCGGAAUACCAACUUGGGGCGACCAAAGAAUGCAGAUCGACAAAAUGGUGUCACUCGGAGUCGGGAAAAAAUUAGAGCUCGGCACAAUGAACAGGAAGGAGAUCGAAGAAGCGAUUCGAACUGUAGCAUCCAGCAAGAGCUACAAGAAUGAAAUGGUAAAGUUAAGCACGUUGUUGAAAGAAAAUUCUCAACAUCUGCUGGAAAAUGCAAUCUGGUGGACGGAGCACGUGCUUCGUCACAAAGGAGCCUCACAUUUGCACUCCGUCACGGCUGACGAUCCGUGGUACCGUCGACAGGACAUGGAUAUAAUUGUUUUCAUAUCAGUUGGAACCACCGUAGUUUUAAUUAUCUUCUGCUACGUCUCCUACAAGCUGCUAAUCGCUGUUGUCAGUACGUGCGAAUCGCAAUCACUGGACAAGAAAAAAAAAUGGAAUUGAUUUCACAGCAUCAAUUUCACGUUAGCAUUAUGUGAA